CAUCAAGUUUGACAAAUAAAAAAAUUCUCAGGUUAAAUUAUCAUCAAAAAUUUUCAUUCACUCAAUUCCGAUUAAAAAUUAUUCAUCAAAAUUGAGAACAUAGGUGUUGUAAUAACCGCUUUGGAGUUCAUUAACAUGACCCCACAAAACGUUUACAAAGUUGCAAAAAAUUUUUAUAAAAAAUUAACCGACGUUUUCACCUUUACAACCCCGGCGAAAUCAAAUCGAAUCCAAAACAAAGGAUUUUCAACGAGAAAACACAAAAAAUUUCGUAACCGCAUCAAAAAAAUCUACAAAAAUAAAUUAAAAACCAUCGAAGAACACUCAAUACGCGAAGCUUUAGAUUCUUUGGAAGUUUUUAUAAAAAAAAGUCAACAUCAAUUGGAAUUUUCUAUUAGCGAUCAAAUUUUAGGGGGGAAAUUACUGAAUAGGAAACUAGAAAUUACAAGUUUUAGGUCAAACUUUGACCUCACAUCCAAGAAACCGCAAGAGUACAGUAAAGUUUGGGACUUCCGUGCCUUUAGAGAUAACGGUAAAGUCGAGGGACAAGAAUUGGCCAAAACGAUCGAACACCAUCACCAUACCAAACUCCUAACCGAUGUUAAACUGAUGACGAGCGUUUAAUUUCGUGUCAAAAAGUAUUUCGAUUCAAAUCUAUCAAAAUGUCAAAAAAUUAUGAGGUUAAAAAUUUUUACUUAAAUUAAUUAUUGUAAAUUAUAUUAAAAUCAUUUCGAAUAAAAAGUUCAUCUUCGUUUCUUAA